UAGAUGAAGGUUUUAAGUCUUAGUUAACCCUAGAAUUUGUCUUGUGCUUGUGAUACUAUCAUUUUAGUUACAGCUGGUCUUUCUGCUCUGGUUACUUCUCUGUGAUAAUUUUACCAAAGCCUCAAAAUUCACACGCAAUCAAGUUGCUCCAAAUAAUUUUACUGAAGGUGAAUAAGUGUAAUAGCAACUUUGAGCAAACGUCCCUUCCCUUUUUAUUUCAGGUUAACAGACAGAGUUAUUUAAUAUUAAAAGAUGUCUGGAUACAGAAUUCCAUUUUCUGCAAAUAUUGAUGAUAAGUUUAAUUGUAAAUCAUGUGGUCAUUUAUUGAGAGAUGCUGUACAAACACUUUGUGGCCACCUUUAUUGUGAAAACUGCUUGCUGAAGAUGUUAGAACAUGAAUGGGUGUUAAAGGAAGUCAAAUGUUUAGACCAGAAUUGUAGCAGUCAAAUUGGAAAUGGAGGGUAUUUUCCUGACAAUCACACGAGAAGAGAAAUACUGCAAAUGACUACACCAUGCUUGAAUAAAGAUACUGGAUGUGAUUGGUUUGGUGAAGUCAGAUCUGCGGAAGACCAUUACAAAGAGUGUGAGUGGAGGCCAGUGACAUGUGUUAAUUCUGGCUGCAAUAAAGACGUACCACUUAAUACAUCAGCCAAGCACCAAGAGGAGGAAUGUCCUUUUAGAGAUGUGGUUUGCAACUUCUGCAAUAAGGCAAUAAAGUGGGCUGAUCAAGCAAACCAUAGUGAAAGCUGUGAAAAUCUACAUGUUACUUGUGGAAAUUGUGGGAAAGAGAACAUUCAACUGUGCGAGUUGAAGAGGCAUCAAGAUGCAAAGGACGGUGAUUGCACACAAAAGGAGUGUCCGUACAGAGACUACGGAUGUGAGCAUUGUGAGAAGAUGGAUCCCAAAGAGUUCAGGGCCCAUUUGGAUGCUGAUGUGGUCCCACACUCAUUGCUUGUGUUGCCACAUCAGAGAGGUAUGAAUGACCAUCGCAUGGAAGCCAACGCGGCUGAGUUAAGUGCUUUAAAAGAAACUCUCGCUGCAGAUGAAAAGGUCAUUGCAGAACAUGAGUGGGCACUCCAAAGCCACUACCAAGAAAUCCGUCUUCUGAAAGAAGAUAUGGAGAAAUUGAAAAACUCUCGCGGGUAAGGGGACGGUUGCCCGCUGCAUAGAUAGUACAUUGAUUAGCAUAUAUACAUUAAUCACAGAUAAGAAUGGAAUUUCUUUAGUAGUUAGGAAUGUGAAAUUGUACUGUUAUGGAGUUAUAUGUGGUAGAAGAUAAUAUUCGAAAUGUGGACUAUUUUUUAGAGAUGUGACAGUGAUGCAGUUAAACGGUGAUAAAUUUAGCACUUAGUUUUAUAAUGAGUAGUUUUUACCAUCAUCACUGUAUGAUACAAAAUAGGUUACUAGAAAUUAGUCUGGGUAUUAGUCUGUGGUCGAGUUUUUAAAGGGUUUGCACAGUACACGUAGUUUUCGUUCACGUAGUUUUCGUACAAGUUUAGAUAAUUUUGACUGGUUUACUAAAUCUCUUCUCGUUUUUGUCUAUUUUUUGCAAAUUUAGGGCAGCUUUUUCAACUUUAGACAGUUAAAAAUGCUGUGGAUCAUCAUUUUUUCAUCGUCUAGAACUGAAGUAGAUUUUUACUUGACUGUGUAUAUAGUUUCUUACCAGCGGCGCUUGAACGAGCGUUUAGAAGCAAUUAAAGGGUAAUUGGUCAUUUCGCUUACGGAUCGUUUGGCUAACGACGGUUGGCUGACGUCUUAGGUCAUUCCGCCAACGUCCCAGGUAGUUUUGCUAACGUCUCACUGGUCGUUUCGCCAACGUUUCACAAAACCAUUAGUAGUUCUAUCGGCAGAACUUGAUCGACUUCCUAUCGAAUCAUAGGCAAAAUGACAGUAAACCAAUCAAACAUGCGUUGACUCACAUGGUUCUUCCACCCGCCAUCCAGUCUACGUUAGACUUUACUCCAUAAGUGGACAACUGUGACAAGGCUUAAUCCAUAGCAAAAGAAUAUAGUAUCUAAAAUGGUAGCAGUUUUU